UGAUGAAGAUGAUAAUGAUGAUGAUAAUGGAGAUAGUGACAAUAAUGUUGACAAAGACAAGAAUGAGUAUAAUGAUGACAGUCUUGGCAAUAGUGACACUGUUGAUAUGGAUGCCACUGAUGUCGAUGAUCUUUAUAACACAGAUGAUAUUGACCAUGAUGAUAGCGACAUAAGUUGUGAUAGUAGUUAUAGUAUUGACAUUCUGUUCAAAAAGAAACAUAAUAAAAUUAAGGUAGAUGAUAAACCAUCAAGUUCUGCAGAAGAUCCAAAAGAGAAUGAUAGUAUAACUGAAGAGCAUGUGAUGCAAGCCUCUAAGAUGAAAUAUCUUGACAUGGUCAAAGACAAAGAAGAGAAAAUGGACAAGUCAGAUGAAGAAACUAAGCAAAGCUGUCCAACAUUCCAUCUCCCUGAUGAAGCCAGUGAAGAAGAAAAACUUAUGUAUGCCUCAAAGAUGAAGUAUCUAACCAUGGCCAAAGAAAAGGGUGUUUUGAAGAAAUGGGAGGAAAGUGCUACCAAUGAAGAUGCUACACACAAGGAAACUGAAAAAGAGGAGGAACUCAAUAGAGCCAUCAUUACCCAAUGCUAUGAGGGCAAAGCGCAAGACAGUCAAGAGGGACUUCUUGAUGAUGGAAAACAAUCAAAGUACGAAACAGUAAAAGAGAAGGAAUCCAAGAGAACAAUUAUUACUCAACGCUACGAGGGCAAUGCUCAUGACGACCCUGAGGGACUUCUUGUUUUUAAUGAUUUACCCGGUGGAAAACGAUCCAUGACUAAGGGAGCAUGCACUCAUUGUGAUGAGACAUUUGAUAAUGUGGAAGACCUAAGGAAGCAUCUUGAGACUGUUCACAAUAUGGUUUCAUGUACAAUAUGUCCAAAACGAAUAUUUGCCCACAACCAAUCAAGAGUUCUCCAUGAGCUUAGCCACAAAGAUUCCUAUCCAUAUAUAAUAUAUAAGGAUAACUGGGUAUGCAGGUUCAAGUGUUACAAGUGCCCCAAGGAAUUCACCGUCUCUCACAAAAUGGCCUCUCAUCUUGCAAUUGAGCACAAGGAGCCACCCAAAAAGUACCACUGCCCAAAGUGUGACAUUCGCUUUAUGAUGAUCAGGAGUUUUGAUCUGCAUUUCGUGAAACACUUUGAGGAUUUGCAGGAGGGCCAGUGUAAGAUAUGUGGCAAGGUUCUGACAGGUGGCUUCCAGUGUUUGAAGACACACAUGCAGGCAGUCCAUGAACGUCGUAGAGAUCACAUGUGUUCUAUAUGUGGCCACAAGACUAAUCAGUCUGGUAAUCUACAUCGUCAUAUGAUAAGAUCACAUCCCAGUAAGAUGAAAAAACCUCUUGAUUUCAAAUGCCAUAUUUGUGACAAAAGAUUCCCACUCAAGGAUUUCCUUAGUAGACACAUGAACACUCAUGGACCUAAUUCCUAUGUUUGUUCCAUUUGUGGUGAAAAACUCUCGUCCAGUGAAGGCUUCAAGCGCCAUUGGUAUACACACACUGAUGUUAAACGCUUCCAUUGCUUCGUAUGUGGGAAGGGAUAUAAUGAUAAACGUGAUGUCAUUAGACACUCAAAGAAGACCCACCAGAUCAAUGUGGACCAGGACCAGAUCUCAAUGACUGAGGCUCAGAAAAACUUUGAGAGGGAACUUGCAAAAAGAGAUGACCCAAAUAAAAAGAGUUCCAAAUUAGAACCACUCUAAGAAUAAUAUUAUCUCGUAUUAUUGUGCAUUCUGUACUAUUUUGUACUCACAUGCUAAGAGCAAUCUUCUCAUAAAGCAUGCCAAGUUUUCCCUUACAAUCCUUAUUUUAUUUUCUGGAAAAAAAUCUAUUGAGAUAUCUGAUCAAAAAGGAAUUGAGUUCAGACACAUUUAUACAUGUAUUUACACUUCAAGACCCGCUUUCAUUUUGUGUCAGAUAACCUUAAAUUUAAAGGAUUAUCCUAAAAUAAAGUCAGAACUGAUGGAUUUUCUAGAAAAUAGGAAUGGGAUGGAAUUGUUAUGGAUAUGAAUAUUGGGUGUCCCCAAAAGUAAAGUAGCCUAUGGGUAUCAUAUGAAAUAUAUUGGCUACAUAUUAUUUGAGUAUAGUGACAAAUUCAAAAAUGCAUGUCA